AUGGACCAACUUGUGCGGAGCAUAUACGGUUCUGGCCUGCCUCAUGAUUCUGCAGAGGAUGGACCUCCAAUUCCGCCGCUAGCUGCAACUCGCUUCUACAACCCUGAAGCAUCUUACUUCCUAACAAUGCUGCGGCUUGGUAAUUCUGUGGGCCCGAAGGUGUUGGUUCGGAAGGAUUUCUGGCUCCUCUUGUCAUUGCACCUAUGUGCAUUUGCUGUCUACAACACAGGCUACAUGGGACAGAAGGACGGCGGAUGGAGGUUGAGCACGCUGGAGCUGGAAUGGUCUGAUGUUGAGCUGAUGUUUAUUCUGCUGGCAUGUGCAUUGUGUUUUGCAAUCAAUCAGGCAUACUUCCGAUACUUGCAAUUGGGUCACUUGGUCAGAAAGAUGAUGGACAGCGUGUAUGAUUUUGCCUUCGAGGCACGGUUGUUCUUGCGAAAGGAGAACGAGCCAUACGACCGGCUGGGCUGUCGAUGGGCUGUGGGCUCCUUGAUCCUCGUGUUGUGCGAGAUCAGGAGGAGUCACCAAGACGAUACAGUUCAACAGAUGGAUCUUCUGAAGCUCGUGGAUCUUGAGUUCAUCAGGCCUGGUGAGGCCGAUUUCCUUGACCCGCAGAGUCUCACAGCUCGGCAGCGCACGCUUGUCAUGAUGCAUACUGCUUGUGACUGUGCCUUGCACGGUAUGCAGAAAGCAGACAUUGCCCCGGUAACCCAAAGGGAGGUUCUACAGCGUCUUAUGGACUGCAAGUCGUACCAGCUCCGGUUAUUGGAUGCUGCAAAUUCCAUGCUCCCUUUUGAGUACUUUCAUCUGCUCAGUACACUGGUGACUCUGACAACAGCCUAUUUAGGUCUUUGCAUGGGCAUUUGUGACUCUUGGGUUGCGCCUCCUGCAUAUGCAGCAUCCCUGCUGAUCAUUUUGGGUUUGUUUGAGCUACUUUGUAGCUUGAACUAUCCUUUUGAUGGCGUGCAUGAGGCCGACUUUCCUGUCAAUGGCUGGGUCAUGCACUUCUUAUCAAAUCUGACUGUGUUGCUGAAUUAUUCGCAUGGCAGCACACAGAGUUGGGAGAAGGAGCUGCAGGAAGAAGCUGCCCAUCCGGUUCAGUUUCCGCUCACUGUAGAGCAGGUGAACUCAAUCUUAUCCGGGGAUCCGAAGCGCAUUUUGCGGAAGACUGGCUCACCGUCACAGUCUUCACAGUCUAGCCUGGGUCUUAUGUCUGCUGGUGGCUCCUCCAAAAAUGUCCGCUUCGCAGAUGCGCAAUCUUCAGUGCCAUGGUACAAAGCUGCCAUGGGCUACAAGACUGUGGACACACAGGAGGCAGAUGAAGCACCCUUUGCUGACUUGGCAGGUUCGAUGCUGGGGAGAAUUGGUCUCACUGCCGACAACACAUAUCAAAGCCGUGACAUGCACGUGGAAGAGCGAAGCAGAUAUGCACUGUGGUAG